UGGUGGGGUUAUCGGGUGGCCCAUGGCGAACCUGUCCCAGUGCCUGGAUGACGCGCCUCUCAGGGGGUUCCACGGCUGGGAGCCCAACUCGGCUCAGAGUUCAGCCUACAGCGAGGCGCAGCGCCUGGCGCUGGAGGUGCUCGUCGCCUCCGGCCUGCAAGCCUUCCGCGCUUUCUUGCGCCGGGAGAAGAUGCGCUCCUUCCUCUCCGAGCCCGAGAUCCAGGCUAUCCUGCGAACUGCAGUGCCGCCGCCCGGGGCCGAGGAAGGCUCCGCCGACCAGUCGCUAAACGGCUCCCUGGAUUGCUCGUCGCUCACUUACUUCCCCCUCCAGUCGGACAUUGAGCCCCCAGUGCUGGAGCUGGGUUGGCCGGCUUUCGUGAGUGGCUCUUAUCGAGGACUCACACGGGUGGAAACCUGUUUCCAGCCCAGCUUCGGCGAGGUCAUCUAUCCCUGUAAGGAGGCGGUGCGCAAGCAUAUCCGAUCGGCCCGGGAGGUCAUUGCUAUCGUUAUGGAUUCCUUCACAGAUAUGGACAUCUUCUAUGACCUCCACGAUGCCUGUAGAAAGAGGCUGGUUCCUGUUUACAUCCUUUUGGAUCAGGCCUUUCUCUGUCACUUCAUGGAAAUGUGCAAAAAUCUGGAAUUCUCUCCUGAACAGGAAUAUCUAAUGAGAGUCCGAACUAUUGCUGGGAACACUUAUUAUGCAAGAUCAGGAGCAAAAAUAAUUGGGAGUGUCCAUGAGAAGUUCAUGCUAAUUGAUGGCAUCAAAGUAACUACAGGCUCCUACAGUUUCACAUGGACUGAUGGAAAGCUGAACAGCAGUAACCUGUUGGUGCUCUCAGGCCAGGUGGUCGAACAUUUCGAUCUGGAGUUCCGAAUCCUUUACGCACAAUCAAAACCUAUUAAUCCAAAGCUGCCAUCCAGCUGUAAGGACACUGGUGCUCUUGAUCACCUGACAAAUAGGACAACACCAUGUAGAGACUUCACUGUGGGUAACCUUUUGAGAGCAGAAUUUGCCAGGCUCUCGAGCUCUCCCAAACAGCUUGAGAGAGAAGUAGCUAAAGGAGGCAGGGUGAGUGCAAAACGACCACACCUUAGUGGGUCCUCUGCUGGAGAUGAAGAGUGCAUUUCGAAUGGUCCCGAAACUCUAGAAAUAGCUAAAGAGAGAAAAAGUCAAUCGACACAGACUGAACCCUUUGAGAAGCCCACAGUGACUUUAGUUAAUUCUGACACACAAACCAUUGCUUCAGUGGCCACAGCAGGCACUCAAACCACUGCUCGAUCAAGAAUGGUGGGUACUCAGACGGUAGUUAUGUUGAAGACAGUCACGACACAGACUGGCAACAGUGAAGCUACAGAAGUGGCCCUGGAUCAGAGGGUACCCAAUCAGAAAGUGCAUGUUCAGUGGAUACCCGAUCAGAAAGUACAUGUUCAGAGGAUACCACCUAAAGAAGCAUCUCCGGUUUACAGGAAGUCUACUUCUUCUAAAGAAGCAUCUCCUGUUUACAGGAAGUCCACCUCCACUUCUUCCAGUGCACGGUCUCUUUCUUCCUUGUCCUCCCAGUGUUCGCGAGCAAGUUCCGUCGGCUCACUAACAUCUCUUAGGUCCCUGGACUACCCUUGCAGCCACCGAGCAGAUUAUUUCCGCAAGCUAAACAAGGAGAGGGAAUUCCACUACUCUGUCAUCCGGUCCAAGCUUAACCACAUGGUUUCCAUGCUGUCUAGAAGGGGUAAUGUGGCUGAAAACUACUGCCGGCCAGUGAGGUGCAAUGUAAAACCUAGACGGCAGAUCAGCACCAGCCUAAUAAACCUCAGAGAUUUUGCACUGUAUUCGUCAAAUGACUUUUUCUAAGCAGUGGCUUGUGAGUGGUGGUAUGCACAGAGCUGCUUCAGUCACCAGCCAUUUUGGACACUUCUGAAUUGACAUUUAGAAUAAUCACUUGCAUGGCAAGGUGGACACAUGGUUUGCGAUACUAAAAUCAUACCAUAGGGAACAAAGAGGUUUCCAUGUAGUUUAUGCUUUGCGUGCAUCAACCCUAAGAGCUGCAUUUUCUUUGUACUUAAGUAAUUUUAAUUCUGUAGUCUUGUACCUUUUUCAACAAACAAAUUAACAUUGUCUUCUGGUGCUUUGUCUAGUUGAGUCGAUGCUUGUCAAUGCACUGAAAUACUGGUAAGUUGUUUUUUUUUUUAAAUAAAAAUCCUACAAGUGCCUCCUAUUUUGUUUGUGUCUUUCAAUAUUUAGGCACCCUAAAAUGAAUUUUAACUGAGAGUACAACUUGUGGUAUAAUCGAUGGAUUAUUAAGCAGUAGCUAACAAAAGGUGCCAUUUAUACAACUUCCAAUAAAAUCUAUACAACUUCCAAUUAAAAUGUGAUGAG